GAUGCCUUAGUAAGCUUUGUGUAGUUUUGCAUUUAUCCACGUUAUUCUGUGGUUUAAUUAAUUACUUCGGCACACAGUUUGCCGAUUUAAGAUAUAAACAUUUAAUUGAUACAGUUGUAAGAUAUUUAUUCUUCCUGUUCGUUGUUAUCGAUGCCAUAAUAUUGUAAAUGCCAUUGGCUGCUGACUUAGGGUGGAUUGUUUAUUUAGAUGUGAUUAUUGCACAGGGUCUUUAAAAUUGGGGCUGCUGCUUCUUGGAAUAUACUAGAAAAGUGCCGUUAGGCGAUAAUCAUUCAUAGCUGUACCCAAGCUGUACAAUCAGAAGCACCACAGUUUUCAGCGUAAUGGCAGCACGCGGACGCGGGUUCCUUUUUUCACUUAUGGUGGACAAAGAUUCAACAGACUCAUCACAAAAAGAUAGCGGGCUUGGAAGCAAAAGCCUUCAAUCUACCGGAGAGUAUCGUCGUAUUGGACGAGGCAAGCUUCUAGAUGACUUGGCUUCUUCAUGCGGUAACAUGACUCUUGAGGGUCGUUCUUCCGACGAUACAAAUCAAAAAAAUACAACUUCUUCAAGUGAUUUGAACAAACCUUCUACGUCAGGUGGACGUGGCCGUGCAAAUGUAUUCAAAAAUUUAUUUACUCCAGAGAAACCAGAUCAAACACUAAAUAUUCAGCCUACAUCGUCCACGCCGGUUACCACACCUAAAGCUGAGCUGGAAUCAAAACCAGAACCCAACAUAGACUUAAUUMAGUCAGAUAUUUAUAACCCAGAAAAGAAGUAUGGUAGUAAGGGUAUGCCGGUUCGUUUAGCAUGCAAUUACAUUCGGUUGUCGUCUGAUCCCGAAAAAGGAGUGUACGUAUACGAAGUACGAUUUCAUCCUCCUGUAGAUUCACUUAGUUUGCGCAUGAAGUACUUAAAUGAACAUCGCGAUGAAUUUGGAGGCACUAAAACAUUUGACGGAGUAACACUUUAUUUGCCAAUUUUACUAAAAGAAAAAUUAACGACAUUUAUUUGUAAAAGUCUUGCGGAUAGUUCUGAUAUCGAAAUACGUAUUUUAUUCAAAAGGAAAGAAGCUCUCAAAAAUUGUAUUCAUCUUUACAACGUGUUAUUCGAUAGAGUUAUGAAAACAUUAAAUUAUGUUCGUUUCGACCGAAAGCAAUUCGAUCCAACAGCUCCAAAAAUUAUUCCACAAGCUAAAUUGGAAGUAUGGCCGGGAUAUGUUACCGCGAUUGAUGAAUAUAAAGGUGGCUUGAUGUUGUGUUGUGACGUGUCACAUCGACUUUUGUGUCAAAAGACUGUGCUUGAAUCAUUAGUAGAGAUCUAUCGCUCCAACUCAAAGUUGUUUCAAGAAAAUGCUAAAAAAUUUCUAUUGGGUUCCAUAGUUAUAACUCGCUAUAAUAAUCGAACAUAUAGAAUAGAUGAUAUAUGCUUUGAUAAAAAUCCAAAAGCAACAUUCCAAACCAAACAAGCCGAGUUAUCUUAUAUCGAUUAUUACAAACAGAGUCAUAACAUUCUAAUAAAAGAUGAGAGUCAACCGCUUAUAAUUAGCAUAAAGAAGCAAAAAACCGCUGAUAAGAAAGCUGAUGAAGACUUAGUGGUAUGCUUAAUUCCUGAGUUAUGCUAUUUGACUGGCUUACGAGAUGACAUACGUUCGGACUACAAAUUAAUGCGUGAGAUCGCCACAUUUACAAGAGUCUCACCUAAUCAAAGACUGCUCGCAUUAGAGAAAUUUUUCAAUAAUGUUAACAAUUGUCCAGAAGCUCAAAACAUACUUCAAAGUUGGGGAUUAACAUUGAAGAAUUCUCAUGAAUGUUUAAAUGGAAGACAAUUUGAAGAAGAACAAAUAAUUUUUGCUAAAAAGCAAUUCUCGGCUGGUAUGAAUGCAGAUUUUUCUAAAUAUGUAUGUAACAAUGAAGUUCUGGAGGUGGUGCAUUUAACAAAUUGGAUAUUAGUGCAUUGCAAAAGUGAUACAAGAUGUGCCAAAAUUUUUUACGAAAAUGUUGAGAGAAAUUCACGCUCUUUAGGAAUUCGUGUUGAUAAGCCGAAAAUGGUUACUUUGGAUAAUGAUCGAGUAGAUACAUUUGUGAAAGCAUUGAGAAGUCAUAUAGAUGGCCAAUCGCAAAUUGUCGUAUGUAUUAGUCCUACAAAUCGUGAUGAUCGUUAUGCAGCUAUAAAAAAAGUUUGCUGCGCGGAGAUACCAAUACCUUCACAGGUAAUAAAUGCACGAACACUUUUGAAUGAGGCCAAAAAUCGUUCGAUAGUACAAAAGAUCAUGYUGCAAAUGAACUGUAAAUUGGGUGGGUCAUUGUGGGCCGUGAAAAUUCCAUUUAAAAAUGUUAUGAUCUGUGGAAUAGAUUCAUACCACGAUGCCGCUCAAAAGGGAAAUUCCGUUGCGGCUUUUGUGGCGUCAUUGAAUUCUACUUACACAAAGUGGUACAGCAAAGCUGUAAUACAAGGCAAAAGGGAAGAAAUCGUUAACGGUCUAUGCUCGUCGUUUACAGCUGCAGUAACUCGUUUUCACCGAGAGAAUGGAAGAUUUCCUGACAGUAUUAUUAUAUAUCGAGAUGGUGUUGGUGAUGGUCAAUUGCCUCUUUGUUCCGGUCAUGAGAUACCACAACUGGAGGCUGCUUGUAAACGUGCUUUUACAKAUUAUGCUGUAAAAAUAACUUUCAUUGUUGUUCAAAAGCGAAUAAAUACCCGAUACUUUGCUAUGAAUGGAUCCAGUAUCGAUAAUCCGCCUCCAGGUACAAUCGUUGACGAAUGUAUUACGCGYUCAAAGAUGUACGAUUUUUAUCUGGUAUCACAAACUGUACGCCAAGGAACUGUUACACCAUCUCAUUAUAUAGUAUUAAGAGACGACGCUAAGUAUAGUCCUGAUAUUAUACAAAGGCUGACAUAUAAACUCUGUUUCAUGUAUUAUAAUUGGCCAGGYACUAUUCGCAUACCGGCUUGUUGCCAAUAUGCGCAUAAAAUGGCAUWCCUCAUAGGUCAAAGCAUUAGAAGGGCUACUGCAGAAGAUCUUUCUGACAGACUAUUUUACCUUUAAGUUUUUUUAUGAUUAAAGAAAAUUUUGUAUUGAUUACAAAGUGAUUUAAAUACUAUUAAUUUCUGCUGUUA